GGAGCUUUGCUACAUCAGCCCCCAUAUACCUUUUGAGUAGUGGUAUUCAAAGUAGCAGGUCAAUGAACUGUUUGUACCUAUAUACUAUGAGAAAAGGAACCUAUACUGGACUGUAAGUGCUUCAUUGAGAAAGUCUGGCAAUGAAAAAAAAAUAGCUGAAUUAAGAAUUGUAUUUGGUACCAUAGCUGAUUUACAUUCUCUUUCAAUCUCCUUAUCUCCAAUCAGGAACAACCAAUCCAGUGUUUUAAGGAAGAAACUAUAAAUUUUUUUCACCCCAUGAAUUUUUAAAGAACUAUUCUAAACAUUUGUUGAAAGAAACUAACAAGAGGAGGUAUAAACACUUCAAUUCCAAUCUUCCAUGGAGGAGUAGACGUCCCUUCUAAGGUGGCAGCGCUAUUAUAAGCUGCUUUGAACAUCGCAUGCAAGUCUGUGUAUGGACAUAAGCUCCGAUUUACCUUUGGUAAAUAGGAAUAGGAUGACUGGGUGGCAUGGUAGUUCUUUAUAGCAACGUGAAAAGAGACUAAUACAACAAACAAUCUACUUACAAUAGAUCUGAGAAUAAAAUACCUGGGAAUAAAUUUAACCAAGAGGUGAAAGACCUGGAUACUGAAAACUACAAAAAAUUGCUGGCAGAAGUUAAAGAGGAACUAAUUAAAUGAACUUUGUUACUUCACUUCACUAAUGUGUCAAGUAAAUAUACUGGACCAUAUCAACUCUUCUUGAAGUAUAUUCCACACCUUGGUUCUAAGGCAUGCAAACAAAAAUUCUGUGUAAAUAAGAAUUACCUGGAAAAUAAAUAAAUAUCAUUACAUCUGGAUUAGGCAACAAUAGAAACCAUGCAAGCAAGAAGAGCAUGUGGUGAAAUAUUUAAAGAAUUGAAAGAAAAAAAAAUCUACCUAGAAGUUUGUACCCAGUGAAAUUAUCCUCCAAAAGUGAAGGAAAAAUAAAGAUUUUCUCAGAAAAAAGAAUUGAUGUAGACCUACCUUGCAAAGAAACAUUACAAGAAGUUCUUCAGAGAGGAGGAAAAUGGUGUAGGUCAGAAACUUGGGUCUGCAUAAGCAACAGGGAGCAUCAGGAAAGAAGUGCAACGUCUACCUAGAAUAUCUGCUUCUUGCUGCCACAUGUUCCUUCCAUUCCAUUCCAUGAAGUCUACUUAACGAGCCCCUUCAGUAGAGAAGUUCUCAACGAAUCCCUUCUGGAUCCAGGCAUUCUGAUUACUGUAUUAUGACUGUGCACUCUACCCAGGGCAGACUGUCAUCUGAGCCCGGCCUGUCCUGCUGUCUGCUCUCUCCAGAGAGCAUCCUUCAUCCUGAUAAACAGGCUGCGAGCUGGACACGUGACUGAGCUCCUUAAGAAAACAGAUCCAGAGAACUGCUGCUCUAUUUGUUCUACAAGCAUCUAGUGAAACUUCCAAGCCACUGUGCUGGGUGCUGUAGGGGGAGACAGAGAUGCCCAAGAAAGGAGCACAGGCCUCACAGACCUUUCAGUGAGGCAUGAGAAAGAGUACGUGUGCACCAGUUAUCAAAGAUGGAAACCCAUACGGAAGGUGAAAACAAGGCUGUGGAAUCUCAGCAAGAAGGCCCUGGUCAGAUGUCAACACCUUGAUCUUGGACUUGCCAGCCUCUAGGAAUAUGAGACAUAAAUUUCUGCUUUUAGCCAGUCUUCUCAGACAUGAGUCUUCAGUCUCCUGCCCUCAGCUUAGCUGGAAGCUGGAUGACAGCCACAUUAAGAGGCUUUCUGCAAGUGGCUUUUGGAUGAAAAGGGGGCCUCUCAGGUACUCCACUCUCACCUUGCAGGCUCUGCAGCAGCUGGUCUAUCUGGUGGCACUGGGAGGUUCCAAAAGGAGAAAUUUGAGCUGUAGUGAAAGGCAUCAGAAAUUAGUAGAUGAAAACUACUGCAAAAAAUUACAUGUCCAAGCUCUAAAAAACAUCAACAGUCAAAUCAGGAAUCAAAUGGUGCAGAAUGAAAAUGAUAACCGUGUUCAGCGCAAGCAAUUUCUCAGAUUAUUACAAAAUGAACAAUUUGAGUUGGAUAUGGAAGAGGCCAUUCAAAAGGCAGAAGAAAACAAGAGAUUGAAAGAACUGCAGCUCAAACAAGAAGAAAAACUGGCUAUGGAAUUGGCAAAACUGAAACAUGAAAGUCUAAAGGACGAAAAGAUGAGGCAACAAGUAAGAGAAAACAGCAUUGAGCUUAGAGAAUUGGAGAAGAAAUUAAAAGCAGCUUACAUGAAUAAAGAAAGGGCAGCUCAGAUUGCUGAAAAGGAUGCCAUUAAAUAUGAACAAAUGAAACGUGAUGCUGAAAUAGCCAAAACCAUGAUGGAAGAACACAAGAGAAUAAUAAAGGAAGAGAAUGCUGCAGAAGACAAACGAAACAAAGCGAAAGCACAGUACUAUCUUGACUUAGAGAAACAACUUGAAGAACAAGAAAAAAAAAAGCAGGAAGCUUAUGAGCAGCUGCUAAAAGAGAAACUCAUGAUUGAUGAAAUUGUUAGGAAGAUCUAUGAAGAAGAUCAGUUGGAAAAACAACAAAAGUUAGAAAAAAUGAAUGCAAUGCGAAGGUAUAUAGAAGAGUUUCAGAAAGAGCAGGCUCUCUGGAGAAAAAAGAAACGUGAGGAGAUGGAAGAAGAAAACAGAAAAAUCAUAGAGUUUGCUAACAUGCAGCAGCAAAGAGAAGAAGAUCGGAUGGCAAAAGUUCAAGAAAAUGAGGAGAAAAGACUACAGCUUCAGAAUGCGUUGACACAGAAAUUAGAAGAAAUGCUGCGGCAACGUGAAGAUUUGGAACAAGUGCGACAAGAAUUAUACCAGGAAGAACAAGCUGAAAUAUAUAAGAGCAAGCUAAAAGAAGAAGCAGAAAAGAAAUUGAGAAAGCAAAAAGAGAUGAAGCAAGAUUUUGAAGAACAAAUGGCCUUGAAGGAAUUAGUGCUACAGGCUGCAAAAGAGGAAGAGGAGAACUUUAGAAAAACUAUGCUAGCUAAAUUUGCUGAGGAUGAUCGAAUAGAAUUAAUGAAUGCUCAGAAACAAAGAAUGAAGCAGCUGGAACACAGGAGGGCUGUGGAAAAACUUAUUGAAGAGCGUCGCCAACAAUUCCUUGCAGACAAACAACGUGAACUAGAAGAGUGGCAGGUGCAGCAAAGGCGGCAAGGAUUUAUUAAUGCAAUUAUUGAAGAAGAAAGGCUAAAACUUCUUAAAGAGCAUGCUACAAACUUACUAGGCUAUCUCCCUAAAGGAGUAUUUGAAAAAGAGGAUGAUAUUGAUCUGCUUGGUGAAGAGUUCAGGAAAGUAUAUCAACAAAGGAGUGAAAUUUGUGAAGAGAAAUGAUAUCAUCAAAAUUGGGUAAAGCAUAGAUUUUUUGUAUGUUACCACUAGAUGUCAGCAUAACUUUUGUUUUACAGUUCAGUGGCAUUAGGUAUCCAUUGUCUAUUUGGAUUUUGUAAAUCAUCACUGAAUUUCAUAACUUGUAAACAAUUAUCAGAUACAAAUUAAUUUUAAUCAAGCUGUUAUUUUUGUACUGAUAAUUUCAAAAUCCGAUUUCUACAACACUACAGAGCACUGUUUGCAUCCCCAUCCUCAAGACAGUAUAUUUACCUUGACUAAUACAGAACUCUACCCCAAAGUGAA